CUGCUCUGGCUCAAGUUGUUCAGUCUCAUCAAGAACUCCUCCAGACCACCAUCAUGAAAUUCGUUGCUCUCGCUCUCGCCCUUGUGCUGGCUGUCGGCUCUCAUGCCGCUUCCAUGCAGGCUGAUGCCCCAUCCCAGCUGCAGCAUAUCCGUGCUGCCAUGGAUAUGUACCUGGUUCAGGUGAAGGACAGUGCCCACAAAGCACUGGACCAGCUCGAUGGCACCGAGUACAGUGAUCUCAAGGUCGACAUGGCUAGUCGCUUGGAAGGCGUGUUCACUCAGAUCAAGGCUCUGCAGGCUUCCGUGGGCCCAGUCACCGACGGUGUCGUAGGCACCCUCAGUGAGACCACCUCUGGGAUCCGUGCCUCCAUCAUGGCUGAUAUUGAUAGCCUGAAGAUAGAUCUGGAGCCCAAACGUGUUGCACUGAAAGAAAUCAUCGACAGACACAUCGAAGGCUACCGAACAAGGAUGGAGCCCAUCAUCCAAGAGUAUUCCACCAAGCACGCCGCCGAAAUGGAAAGCCUGAGGACAAGGAUGGAGCCCAUUGUGGCGGAAAUGCGAUCCAAGAUUUCUUCAAACAUUGAGGAGACCAAGACCGCCAUGAUGCCCAUUGUGGAUGCUGUGCGUGCCAAGCUCUCUGAGCGUCUGGAGGAGCUGAAGACCAUUGCCACUCCCUACGUCGAGGAAUACAAUGAUCAGAUCAAGCAGGCCUACGCCCAUAGCCAGAGCAUGGACACCCAGAAGCUCACUGAUCUGAGAACCAAGGUCGCACCUUUAGUCGAGGACGUCAAGGCCAAGCUCCAGGCCAUCUUCGAGACCAUCGUUGCUUCCUACAACAAGCAGUAAAUCCUCCCUACCCCUUUCUGUAACUAACCUCACCUAACUUCAGGCCUAGAUCCAUUCCAAAUUCCUCUCCAUUCCUUCUUUCCUCAAAUGUGCAGCCAGACCUCCAAAAAUGAAGCCAAUGCCUGAUUGAUGCAGUUCUUUGCAACAAACUGGCGGGACUCUUGCUCUUUCCAUUCUAUGCAAACACCUUAGUGCGCACAUGCUCAAGCACACACAGACCAACACAUACACAAACACAUACAUACUCAGCACCAACAUGCUUAGUCUUCAUUGCCAACUGCUUACAUUUUGUGUAGGAAUUGUAUGUGGUUAAACAUCUGUGUAAUGAUGCUUGUCUGAUGAAAACUGUGCUUCGACAAAAUACAGCUCAAUAAACAUCUGACUGUUAAAAAUA